AUGUUUUUAUUUGAUUUCAGUUGUUUGUUUGGAUUCCUGAAACUUAAUGUACCAGAGGAGGCCAGCAAACGGGCUCUGAUAGAAAAGGGUAUAAAGUUUUACGAGCAUGAGAUAAUUCAGAAAUCCAAGCGUGACGGAGGGAAGGAAGGGGAGGAGAUUGACGCCUCAGUGGAUCCAAAAAUUUACUGUCAGCUGGGCCACCUUCUCCUGCUUCUGGAACAGUACCCUAAAGCUCUCUCAGCAUAUCAGAGAUUUUUCCAUCUGAGAGAAGAUCACUGGAAGAAUGCCCCCUUCAUGUAUGGCCUUGGACUUGUGUACUUUCACUUUAAUGCCUUUCAGAUGGCAACACGUGCAUUCCAGCAAGUACUGUACACCGAACCUGGCUUUAAACGUGCUAACGAAGUACAUAUACGUCUAGGACUGAUCCAUAAAACCCUGCACAACCAUGACGCAAGCAUCAAGCAUUUCCGACAAGCUUUGAAUGACUCAAACAAAUGCUCCCUAUCUAAAGCUCAAAUUCGCCUCCACAUUGCACAUCUUUUAGAAAUACAGGGAAAGUACAAACAGGCCAAGGAAGCCUACGAACACUUUGAGAGUCCGGACGUAUCGGAGCCCCAGGUCAAGGCCACUGCCCUCAAACAACUAGGCUGGUUAUACCACGUAACAGAACAGCUAGGGGACAAGAAUCGUCGCGAGAGUUUGGCCGUCCACUAUCUGAAGGAGUCGCUGUCCACAGACAACACCAACGGACAGACCUGGUACCUCCUGGGAAGGUGUUUUUCUACUCUGGGGAAAGUGCACGAUGCCUUUGUAUCCUAUCGUAAUUCCAUUGACAAGUCGGAAGCUAGCGCAGACACCUGGUGCUCGAUAGGAGUACUAUACCAGCAGCAGAACCAGCCUAUGGAUGCUUUACAGGCCUAUAUUUGUGCCGUACAGUUAGAUAAAACCCACACUGCAGCCUGGACAGAUCUGGGAAUCCUCUACGAGAACUGUGAUCAACCCAAGGAUGCUUUAGCCUGUUAUGUCAAUGCCACCCGAAACAAAGGAGGAAUUAACUCAAAUCUGACCACAAAAAUCAAGUACCUUCAGCAGCAUUUAGAUAGUGUUGCAGUACAGCAUCUUCAGAGCAAACAGAAGAAGUUACCUAGUAUCGAGGAAGCUUGGGCCCUGCCCAUCCCCGCGGAGCUGACCUCUCGUCAAGGUCAGGGAACAAUCCUACAGCAUCCAAUGGGAAAGAAUGCCAUGCUCCAUUCUCAGGCAAUGGGAGUUCAACAGAAUAACUUGUCACCUGGCAACCCAGGGGUCAUACUUCCUGAUGACCCCUUGAACAAGAAGAAGAAUCUCAAAAGGCCCUCCUCUGAGCCCUUGGAGUUGCCAGCCCCUCCCCCUUUGACCCCCCAGCAGAUUCAACUCUUUCACAGCCUGCAACAAAAUGAGGCAAGCCUAAAUCCUGGGCAGAGACAACAGCUUCAGAACCUGCACCAUCAGAUGCUGAGACAUCAACAGUACCAGGUAAAGAUGCAGCAGCGUGCUGCCGACCCAGGUCAGAGGUCAUCAGACAUGCUCAACGGCAUGCCUUUGUCCACACAUAUCACGUCAUCAGGACUUUUACCUCAUGCCAACAUUCCAGAAAACACUGCACAAUCUCAGGGAGACACAGGAACACCUUUGGCUUCAUCAGUCCAUCCAGAGAGCACCUCAGAGGCUGGGCUUCCAAAGGACCUCCAGAAAUUUGUGACGGAUCACUUAAAUGAGAUAAAUGAGACUGAUUUGUCAGCCUUGCUGACCUCCUCUAGACAUGAUCUAGCUACAUCAAUCGCCGAGGACUUACUGGCACAGUUCACUCAGAGUCAGAGUUCUAGCGUGAAGAAGCAGGAGACUUCAGUGUUAAGUACUCAACAGUUGUCAGAAUCUAGUCCACGAGAUACCACACCCAUCUCCCAUGACUCUGUGAAAAAUACUAGUCCCAGUAAACAUUCCCCACAGACGCCUAGGGAGCCACGAAUCGACCCCACCCAGGUAGAAUACAGAGUUAAAUGUGAUAGCGACACCAAGCUUGUUAUAUCACGGAAUAUCCCCCGCAGCCACUCACCUCCAUCUGCCCCCUUCAACAUCUCAAUCAACAUGAAGGGCAGGGAGGUACUAGCAGCCUGCAAGGGAUAUGGUAGAAGUGGAAUAACAACUAGUAUGCUGGGAGACAGGUGCCCUCCUCGACCCCCGUCCCCUCCCUACCCUCUACCUAAGGACAGUCUCAAUCCCCCAACACCCAGUGUUUAUCUUGAAACCAAGAAAGAUGCUUUUUCUAUAGAACUUCAGCAGUACUGUUACUCCCAGCCUGUGGUUGUUAUUAGGGGACUUGCUGGAGCUUUAAAAUUAGAUUUGGGAUUGUUUUCAACCAAGAGCCUGGUGGAGGCCAAUGCUGACCAUGCAGUAGAAGUGCGAACACAGAAACAACAAGCCCCAGAUGAGAAUCGGGAUGUGUAUGGUAACCGACUCUGGCGCUGUGACAGCAGUCGAGGCAGGACCACCAUAGCUAGAUAUGCUCAGUAUCAAGCCUCCUCAUUUCAGGAGUCCCUCAGGGAGGAGAAUGAGAAAGCUAAAGGACUUCACAAGGACUCUGACAGUGAUUCUAACUCCUCAUCAGGAGCCAAGGGAAGGAAGAAGAAGACAAUUAAGUUUGGUACAAAUGUUGAUCUUUCUGACGAGAAGAAGUGGAAGCCUCAGUUACAGGAGUUGACAAAGUUACCCGCAUUUACAAAGGUCGUAUCCGCUAGCAACCUGCUGAGCCAUGUCGGUAACACCAUUCUAGGGAUGAACACUGUACAGCUGUACAUGAAGGUUCCUGGGUCAAGGACACCAGGUCAUCAAGAGAACAACAAUUUCUGUUCCGUGAACAUCAACAUAGGCCCUGGGGACUGUGAAUGGUUUGCUGUGCCUGAGGCCUACUGGGGGGUUAUUCAUAACCUCUGUGAAAGGAAUAAUGUGAACUACCUGACUGGUUCAUGGUGGCCGAUGCUGGAGGAUCUGUAUGAGGAAGACGUCCCAGUGUAUCGGUUCAUACAUGUCUGUGUACAUUUAUUAUGGAAAAAUGUGCAUUGGGUGCAAGCAGUUGGCUGGUGUAACAACAUUGCCUGGAAUGUGGGCCCCGUGAAUGCUCGUCAGUUUCAGCUGGCCUUAGAACGCUAUGAGUGGAAUAAACUCCAGAGCUAUAAAUCCAUAGUUCCCAUGGUGCAUCUGGCCUGGAACAUUGCCAGGAAUUUAAAUGUUUCAGAGCCCAAGUUCUUUGAACAAGUAAAGUCUUGCCUUAUGCGCUCCUUAAGACAAAUUCGUUUCACGUUGGACUUUGUUGAGGAUCUAGGGCUAGAGGUUAAAUGGCACGGCCGAGGCGAGAACGAAGCUGCCCACUACUGCAACGACUGUGAGGUGGAAGUGUUUGACAUCCUGUUUGUCCAGGAACAGGACAAGAAGUUCAUUGUAUACUGCCAGGACUGUGCCAGGAAGAUCCACCCCCGACUGGAGGGAUUUGUCAUCCUAAAGCAGUACCACACCUCUAAUCUGUGUGAAAUCUUUGAUCGCUUCCAACUGGCACAUCAUGUGCCAACCAGUUGAGGAAAAGUAUUCUAUAGCUGAAAUAGAGACAGUUAAUGUUUUGGAUACCCACCAAAAAGGGAGAGAAUUCCGCCAGUAAUGACAAAAUAUCAUGUCUAUGCAAGCCAAAAUACCACCUCAAUAAGAUCUCAAUGGAUUUAUUCCACACAUUCGCCACAAAGCUGGGAUUUACACAAUGCUCAUUCAAGUGUCUUAAUUUAUACACAUGUACUAUACAUUUUGAUACCAAAGGUUUAUUUAGAAGAAAAGCACAUAUAUAUUUAUUUUGAAAAAAGUGUUCUACUUAGCCCACCCUUGCAUGUGGAUGUGGACUCUUCCAGAUGGAAGGAAUUAAUUGAACAUUGUUUGAAUCAGUAUAUGAUAGGGGUGUUCAGGUUAAGAUUUACAUGUGACUUAUCUCAUUAUCAUUCAACAUAAGAGAAAAUGAUGCAUGUCAUAGUGGUUUUACCCAUCAUUUUAUUUCCAUAAGAUGGGCUUGCUGUGUUGAAAAUAUCACCCUUCAUUGUUGUGCUUGAGCAGUUAAGAGAAUAAAUGAGCAAGAAGAGAUCAAAUGGUCCAAAUUUAAAUAUGUAAAUGUGUGAUAAAGUAAUAGGUGGAAGAUUGCAGCUCCAUUAUAUGAUAGACUUAUGUGUAAGGUGACAUUUGAUUGGCUGAUAGAUAUAUUGGAAGAGCAGUUUUGAGUACCAGUUUCUGAUUGGACACUGAUACAGUCAGUGAAAUCUUGUGAUUGUGUAUAAAUGACAGUGCUUCAUUGACUAUUAUAUCAGAGUGUCGGUAGCAAGCAAAUCUCAGGGAAAACACAAUCCACAUGUCCAUACACUGACUAUAGUUACUGAGGAUGGCCUGGGCUGAUAGAGGCUCAGAAUGCGUUUUUUUUUCUUUGUUUCUCAGCUUCUGUAUAUAUUUAUGAAUUGCUGCGUUAAAAGAUUUAGGUAGAGUUCUUUUUGUGUACUAUUAUCUAUCAAAAGACCAGGAAUCAAUAGCCAAUAGUCAUUUGGAAUUUAUUGAUGCAAAGAGUCGAUGUACUUUAUAUAAUUCAAUGGUAACAAAUAUAGGAUUGCUUUCAAAUAAUUUUUUUCCUGUGGAUUACUGCCCUUGAGUCUGCUGUUCAUGUGACUGAGGUGUGAUUCAUUGAAAUGUACAUGUAAGGACUUAUUACAUUGUUUAUUAAUAUUAAAGAAGAAAUAAAUCCAUAGAAAUUAGAAACAAUGCUGACUUCUCUCAUUGAACAAACAUUGAUACAUGUACCAUUUUUUGUGAUCUCAGAUACAUAUAUAGCGUUCAUUAUUCAUAUUAAUUAUUUUGAAUAUUGUUGUACAUACAUACGCACAAUAUUUUAAAAGGACUACUAGAGAUUCUUUGCUAUGGAAUUUGUUUGUUGGAGUAUUUAGUUCUACAAUGAAUUUUUUUCUGUCAUGUGCAGUGUUUCGCCUUUAAUGGUGAGAAAUUUUCUCGUUUGAUUUAGUGAUUAUUUAGCCAGUUUGAUUUAACCCCUCCCCUUUAUGAUUCAGUGAUUAUUUGUAAUGUCAUUGUGAAUUGCUCUUUUUUCCUACAAGUUGUGAUGAUUCUUACUUUAAUAACUUACAUAAUUGAUUCUAGUGCUGUGAAGAUUUUUCAAAAGUAAAUUUGAAAUACUGCGUCUUGAUUUUUAUCUUUUUUAAGUGUAUUUUUGCUCAUUCUGUAAAUGUUUAUUAAAAGCUGGAACGCAUGUUUUAGAUAUUUUUUAAUUAGAGUAUGUAGAUAUAAAGUAGAUAUUUGUAGUUUAAAAGUGUGCACCACUACAGUUUUCUUGACGGGUGAAGCACUUAUUCAUUUUGAAUUGUUAUUCUUAUAAAGUACAGUGUAUCAAUUUUUCCAAAAAAAAUUUUGGCUGUUGAUUAUUUGAAAUUAAUGAUGGAUGUGAAAUGAGGACCCAUUAGCAUUGAUCGAUAGCCUACUCUUUCACCUGUCAAAUAUUUAGAAAAACUGAAAUCUGGUGUGCUCCUUUUGAAUUACUUUUCAAGUUGAAAGAAUUUGAAAGGAGUUUGUAUCAUUUACAUGCUGACUAUUGAGUCAGAGAAGCACUGAUCUCAAAUCUCUGUGUUAUAUCUGAUAUUGUACAGUAUAUAAAGUUAUGUCUGCAAUUGUAAUAUUAUUUAUUUUUGUAACCUUAUGCAUACUCUCGACAUAUUUUGCAAAUGGUACAUGAAAUACAUGUACAGUAAAGGGAUUUACGCUUGUUGCUAUGUAAAUUGUGAAUAACCCAUCAAAAGAAAAUGCUUGAAAUCCUUAAAAUGUACCUCAGUAAUUUUAUUUAAGAUAGGCUGGUUUUCCCUAAUUUAUUUUUAGAUCCUGGAAACUUAGAAUAUUAAGUGCUAACCAAUGCAUCACCUAACUGACCUCAUCCUAUUAUUAUUCAUUUGCUCUUUUUAUAUUAUUCAUUGGGUGAUUUGAGAGUCUGUCUAAAUAUAUUUAUUGUGUUGCAAUAAAACACUGUCAUACUA